UUGUUUAUAUCCUUCCCUUCCUCCCGUACACGCUCAUGAACUUUUUGAGGCAGACACCGUGACUUACUCCAAGUUUCCUGGCUCUGAACAGCAGCUUCUUAGGAACAUAACAUGCUAAGAGGGUAGUGGAAGCCGCAAGAUAAACAUAUUGGGUACUAACGGAGCGUCCAUUUUAUUCUAAUAUCUGGGAAAACGCAGUUUUACGUUGAAGCUGGCGCUUCCCUCUUCACUCAACGUUUCCUUGUUUUAUUAACUAACCGUUUCUAUUUCAAGGUCGCGGGACACCCUGGGGAUACAAAAAUGCGCCUGAGCAGUCGCAACGAGAUACCCUGAGCAAGAAACAAUUGUGAGACUAAGUGGCACUAAGUCGCAGGGACACCACGGACACGCCGGGAAGGGGCUGGCCCGCCGUGACAGGUCUUGGGGCGCGCCAGAAACUGUCGCACUGGCCUCUGGGUCAGGCUCGGCCCGGCAAGAGAGCCCUGGUUGGAGCUGAUGUCUUCCCAGUCUGAGGGGUGGGAAAUGGCAUCCGGGCCGGAGCGCGUCCAGGAAGGAGAGCCCCCCGCCGGCUCUCGGAGCGCCCCAGCCCCGCCACCCUGCGCUCGGGCCUCUGUCGGCCUCUGUCCCCCUCUGUCUCGGGCGCCCCCCCCGCCAGGCCCCGCCCCGUGACGCCAGACCCCGCCCCGUGACGCCAGGCCCCGCCCCGCGGCGCCCGCUUCCAAGAUGGCGGCGGCGAUGCCUGCCAGGCAGUCCGGGUGGCGGUGACGACGGGAAGCUGGAGAGCAGCUGGCCCCAGGAUCGCUGUUGGAGUGUUGGAUGGAGCCCUUCUCUGUCCUCUGUGACAUUUCCAAUUUUAGAUAAUGCCUCACAUCUCUGCCCCGCCGGGACCCCCCGAAGCUCCCAUGACCCCGAAGAAGACAGCUUGAACCUAGACCUCACCCCAGGAUGUUGCGGAGGCUGCUGGAGCGGCCCUGCACACUGGCCCUGCUUGUGGGCUCCCAGCUGGCUGUCAUGAUGUACCUGUCCCUGGGGGGCUUCCGAAGCCUCAGUGCCCUAUUUGGCCGAGAGCAGGGGCCGACAUUUGACUAUUCUCAUCCCCAUGAUGUCUACAGUAACCUCAGUCACCUACCUGGGGCCCCUGUUGCCCCAGGGGGUCCUCCAGCUCCUCAAGGUCUGCCCUACUGUCCAGAACGAUCUCCUCUCUUAGUGGGUCCUGUGUCCGUGUCCUUUAGCCCGGUGCCGUCACUGGCGGAGAUUGUGGAGAGGAAUCCCCGGGUGGAACCGGGGGGUCGGUACCGCCCCGCGGGGUGUGAGCCGCGCUCCCGAACCGCCAUCAUUGUGCCCCACCGUGCCCGGGAGCAUCACCUGCGCCUGCUGCUCUACCACCUGCACCCCUUCCUGCAGCGCCAGCAGCUUGCCUACGGCAUCUACGUCAUCCACCAGGCUGGCAAUGGGACCUUUAACAGGGCCAAGCUGCUGAACGUUGGGGUGCGGGAGGCCCUGCGUGACGAGGAAUGGGACUGCUUGUUCCUGCACGACGUGGACCUGCUGCCCGAGAACGACCACAAUCUGUAUGUAUGUGACCCCCGGGGACCCCGGCACGUCGCUGUCGCCAUGAACAAGUUCGGAUACAGCCUCCCGUACCCCCAGUACUUUGGAGGAGUCUCGGCGCUCACUCCUGACCAGUACCUGAAGAUGAAUGGCUUCCCCAAUGAAUACUGGGGCUGGGGCGGUGAGGAUGACGACAUUGCUACCAGGGUACGUCUGGCUGGGAUGAAGAUCUCGCGGCCCCCGACAUCUGUGGGGCACUAUAAGAUGGUGAAGCACCGAGGAGACAAGGGAAAUGAGGAAAACCCCCACAGAUUUGACCUCCUGGUCCGUACCCAGAAUUCUUGGACACAAGAUGGGAUGAACUCACUGACAUACCGACUGCUGGCUCGAGAGCUGGGCCCUCUCUACACCAACAUCACAGCAGACAUUGGAACUGACCCUCGGGGUCCCCGGACUCCCUCUGGGCCCCGUUACCCACCUGGUUCCUCCCAGGCCUUCCGCCAAGAGAUGCUGCAGCGCCGGCCCCCGGCCAGGCCUGGCCCUCUGCCUACUGCCAACCACACAGCCCCCCAGGGCUCACACUGACCACUCCUUCCUGCCCACCUCAAUCAUGAAACCGAAUCCGAGGGGUCGUAUUCUCCCCGCCCUCGGCUCCUCACUGCUCUCAGAGGGGACGUGGGGGAACUGAACUCCAGUGCUGGGCUGGAGGCAAGGGCCUCUCCUCACUGCUGGACUGGAGCUGGGCUCCUUUAGACCUGGGGGUCCCUCUUUCUAGGGUCACCUGCCAGGGCUUAUGACUGUGAAUCCUUGAUGUCAUGAUUUUAUGUGAUGACUCCUGAGAGUCCCCGGCCCCAGGGGUAAGAGCAGGGCUGGACCCCAAGUCCCUUCCUCUUCCAGGAGAGAAGAGUGAUCCGGCUUUUCCUGGGACCUCUGUGAAUAUUUAUUCUAUUUAUGGUUCCGAGGAAGUAAUGUUUGGUGAAGGAAACCCCUCCCUGGGUACUUUUCUGCCAGUGCUGGAGUAGCUUCCUCUUCUGGACCUGGCGCAGGGGGCUGGGAUUUUGAUAUAUUUUCUAAUAAAGGACUUUGUCUUG